AUGGCAAAGGAAAGUGAAAAUGAGUGUAACGAAGAGGAGUCUGAAGAAAAAGAGUCCAAAGAAGAAAAUAAUAAAAAUGUUGAAUUGAUAGAGAGAGAAGAUAAAGAGUUAGUUGAUGAAAGUGAUGAAGUUGAGGUUGAAUUGAUAGAGAGAGAAGAUAAAAAGAAGUUAGUUGAAGAUGAAAGUAAUAAAGUAGAAGAAGAAGAAGAAAGUAACGAG